AUAUAAAGAUAAAAAUAGGUUAAAUUAAAUUUCUCCAGUAAUUAUAAGGACUAAAUUAAACUUUAAGCUAAGAAAAAAUAUAAAUAAGAAUUUUGCUCAAUUUGAAGGUGCUUUUUGCAAGUUAUCCACCACUCCUCAUUCUGAAGAAGUGUGCGGCCCCGGCUACAGUAUAUAGCUUUGUCUUCUGCUCCAUCCACUACCCAUUCCCUCAUUUGUCGUCCUCUGGCAGAAAAUCACUCAACUAUCUUUCCAUGGAUUCAACCCUGCCAAAAGUUGUCAAAGAUCUCUCUCCCAUACUCAAGAUAUACGAAGAUGGGCGUGUUGAGAGGCUCUUGGGCAAUGAUAUCGUCCCUCCUUCUCUUGAUCCAGAGAUCAAUGUCCAAUCCAAAGAUGUUGUCUACUUCCAAGAAGCUAAUCUUUCUUCAAGACUUUACCUACCAAAAUCAAUCGACCCAUCAGACCAAAAACUCCCUUUGCUGGUUUACUUUCAUGGUGGAGCCUUCUGCAUAGAAACUGCUUUUUCUCCUACCUACCAUAACUAUCUCAACUCACUAGUUGCAGAGGCUAAGAUUAUAGCAGUCUCUGUUGAUUAUAGAAGAGCUCCAGAGCAUCCUCUCUCUACUGUAUACGAUGAUUCAUGGUCUGCUCUUCAAUGGGUUGCUUCUCAUGUUAAUGGUAAUGGCCCUGAAGAGUGGCUAAAUCUUCAUGCAGAUUUUGGUAAGGUUUUUCUUGCAGGAGAUAGUGCUGGUGCCAAUAUAUCCCACCAUAUGGCCUUGAGAUAUGAUGAAGAGAAAUUGCCUGGUAUUAUCCUCAAAGGGAUUGUUCUAAUACAUCCUUAUUUUUGGGGCAAAGAACCUGUGGGAGAUGAGCCUAAAGAUCCAGAAACAAGAUCAAAGAUUGAUGCUAUGUGGCUUUUUGUAAGCCCAACAACAAGUGGGUUGGAUGAUCCUUUGAUUAAUCCAGCUUUUGAUCCAAAAUUGGCAAGGUUGGGAUGUUCCAGAGUUCUUGUGAUUGUUGCUGAGAAGGAUAUCUUGAAAAAUAGAGGUUGGUAUUACUAUGAGAAUCUGAAAAAGAGUGGAUGGCAAGGACAUGUGGAAAUCAUGGAGGCUAAGGAAGAAGAACAUGUGUUCCAUUUGUUCAAACCUACCUGUGAGAAUGCUGUGGCCAUGCUCAAAAGUCUUUCUUCUUAUUUCAAUGAAGAAAAGUAAGACCUUCAUAUUGGGUUGGGCCAUGGUGUGUUUGUUGGUGUUAUGGAUAGGAGUCUAUUAAUUAGCUUUGAGCAUCUGGGUGUUUAGAUUAUCUUCUUGAAAUGUUUAAAUGCUUAAAUGCUAUUAUCUUUCAUUUCAUAUAUAUAUAUAUAUUGAGAAUGAAUGCAUUUGGUUAAAA